GGGGACUAACCAGACCAGACAGCUGUGAGGUCAUGGCCAGUCACUGGAGUGUCACUUGUUUGGCAGCACUAGCUCUGCUAUGCUGCUUGGCUAGCAAGGAAGCAGAGGCACAGAAGAACCCUCACAUGCCUCAGUAUACCCAGAAACCUCAGAUGCCUCAUUACCCUCAGCAACCUCAAAACCCUCAGCAACCUCAGAACCCUUACCCUCAAUCUCAGAUCCCUCAGCAACCUCAGAACCCUUACCCUCAAUCUCAGAACCCUCAGCAACCUCAGAACCCUCACCCUCAACCUCACGACCCUCAGCAACCUCAGAACCCUUACCCUCAACCUCAGAACCCUCAGCAACCUCAGAACCCUCAACCUCAACCUCAGAACCCUCAACCUCAGAACCCUCAGCAACCUCAGAACCCUCAACCUCAACCUCAGAACCCUCACCCUCAACCUCAAAAACCUCAGCAACCUCGGAACCCUUACCCUCAAUCUCAGAACCCUCAGCAACCUCAGAACCCUUACCCUCAACCUCAGAACCCCCAGCAACCUCAGAACCCCCACCCUCAACCUCAGAACCCUCAGCAACCUCAGAACCCUCAGCAACCUCAGAACCCUUCCCAGCAACCUCAGGAACCUUACCCCCACCAACCUCAGAACCCUUACCCUCAACCUCAGAACCCUCAACAACCUCAGAACCCUCAACAACCUCACUACCCUUAUUACCCUCAGCAACCUCAGAACCCUUACCCUCAGCAACCUCAGAACCUUUACCCCCAGCAACCUCAGAACCCUUACCUUCAACCUCAGUCGCAACGUCGAAUUCUGAACCCCCAGCAAUUGCCAUAUGAUGCUUCAAAGCCUCAGUAUCCUCCAUAUCCUAUGCCCCAAAUGCCUGCUAGACCUCAGUAUCCUCAGCCACAGAUGCCUGCUAGACCUCAGUAUCCUCAGCCACAGAUGCCUGCUAGACCUCAGUAUCCUCAGCCACAGAUGCCUGCUAGACCUCAGUAUCCUCAGCCACAGAUGCCUGCUAGACCUCAGUAUCCUCAGCCACAGAUGCCUGCUGGACCUCAGUAUCCUCAGCCACAGAUGCCUGCUGGACCUCAGUAUCCUCAGCCACAGAUGCCUGUUAAACCUCAGUAUCCUCAGCCACAGAUGCCUGUUAAACCUCAGUAUCCUCAGCCACUGAAGCCUCAAACAGCCACCAUUCCUCCCUUGAGACCACAAGACCUUUUGAUUCCCAGCCCUAAAAGGUGUGAUGUGCCAACAGCUUCAAGAGUACCAUGUGGAGCUCCAGACAUCACUGCCACUGAAUGUGAGGCCAGAGAUUGCUGCUUUCAAGGCCAGUCUUGCUACUUUGGAAAAGGAGUGACAGUCCAGUGUACCAAGGAUGGCCAAUUUAUUGUUGUUGUAGCCAAAGACGUCACCCUCCCCCACAUUGACCUUGAAACAAUCUCACUGUGGGGAGGAGGUCCAGGCUGUACACACGUUGACUCUAAUUCCAUUUUUGCUAUCUAUUUCUUUCCUGUUACUGCCUGUGGCACUGUUGUCAUGGAGGAGCCUGGAGUUAUAAUAUAUGAGAACAGUAUGACAUCUUCCUAUGAAGUGGGUAUUGGGCCUCUUGGAGCCAUUACCAGGGACAGCAGCUAUGAAUUACUCUUCCAGUGUAGGUACAUUGGCACCUCAGUUGAAACUCUGGUGGUCGAAGUUCUGCUGUUGGAUAAUCCUCCUCUGCCAGUUGCUGUUGGUCUUGGACCCAUCAGAGUGGGUCUGAAGUUGGGCAAUGGCCAGUGCAUUACAAAGGGUUGCAACGAUGUGGAUGCGGCCUACACCUCUUACUAUCAGGACUCAGACUAUCCUGUUGGCAAAGUACUGAGGGAUCCAGUGUAUGUGGAAGUUCAGCUGCUUAACAAGACAGAUCCCACACUGGUUCUGACUCUUGGACGCUGUUGGGCAACUACAGGCCCCAACCCUCAUAGCCUGCCCCAGUGGGACAUUCUGAUUAAUGGAUGUCCAUAUGCAGAUGAUCGUUACCUCUCCACACUGGUUCCAGUGGGUCCUUCAUCUGGUCUGGAAUUUCCAACUCACUACCGACGUUUCAUUUUCAAAAAGUUUACCUUUGUGGACACCAAUUCAAUGGAACCCCUAAGAGAAUACGUGUACAUUCAUUGUAGCACAGCUGUGUGCGUUCCAGGACAUGGUGUAAGCUGUGAACCAUUAUGUCACACUAUAGGAAAGAGAGACACAGAGGCUGCAGAGGAGAGGAAGGUUGAACCAAAGGUUGUGGUUUCAUCUGGACAAGUGAUUAUGACUGCCCCUCAGGAGCGAGCAGAGUCAACCUAAGCAAUUCAACCGGGAACAUUUAGAAAAAACACUUUUAAAAUUAAUGCAGUUGUUGAACAGUAAAAAAAAAAGUAACUGUAUUUCUAAGUAAAUGAUCGCACAAUAUAUAACCAGCAGUUGAUUCAGUUUUGAAGAUAGAAUGAUUGGUUCUUGUUAGUUCUUCAUAUAAAAGUUGUUUACUUGACAACAUGUUUAAAGUUGUAUUUAGUGGUUUCGUUGUACAAGUUUGAAUUGUAUGAAUUCUCCAAAUAUGUCAAGCAUGAAAAAAACCAAAUGGCAUCGCAGGAGCACCCCAAGUUUAAAAAGUAAUAGUUUCAAACUUCUGUUGACAAACUGCAUGAAUUAAAAUGUAAAAAAAUGAAUAAAUAAAUCAAUA